AGUUCCAGUUUUCACUCGUUUUUAUUUGUAAAUCCAACAUGGCGGACGAUGUGGCCAGCUCACUUGAAUACUCACUUCAGGCGUGUAUAUCUCUGCUUGGAGUAGAUGUCUUAGACAAAGGCAAAGGACAACAGUGUAUCGAUAAUAAGCUAGGUGUUGAAGCAGCCAUAACUAGCUUCCUUGAAUCUGCUAAAUUGGUUGAAGAAGACUUUAUAAGAAAACAGGCAUACGUUAGAGUACACCAUCCUCAAGAGACACUCAAACAAGAGAUUUCACAUCUUAAAACAGAAAUCAAACAGAAGGAAGACAUCUUAAGUAAGCUAUCAGAGAAAGUAGAUUACUGGACAAAAAUACUGGAUGAGCUUCAAAGAAAACAAAAGGCAGAAAUAGAGGCCAUGUUAACAACUGGAGCUAUGGGAAAAGGCAGUUUCACAUUCAAGCUGUCAUAUAAGGUGGGUGUAAUGUUAUCUAGGACCAAAUCUGCUGAUGCAUUGUUAAGCAUCCACUCGUAAAUGAGUCCCCAGAAAUGCAACAUCUAUUCUUGAGGCGCAUGUUAUGUCAUAGCCACCAUGUUGGUUGACGAUAACAAAGCAUUUCUCACUAACUUUUAUUGUUAGAUCAACCAACAUGGCGGCUGUCUCAUUGUUAUUUAUAUCUCAAGGGAUUUCGAGUUUUGGUUGCACUCCAGGAAUACUUUAAUUGCCCCUUAGUUAGAAGAGGGUUGUAUCGUCGAGUACGGGAAUUGUCAGGGGAAUUCUAUUCAAAUUCAAAUUUCAAGUAAUCGGCUAGUAAUCGUACCCUACGAUAGCAUAAAUUAAACUAUAAUAAAUAUUUAUGUGCACGCGCUGAUGAUACAUCGUUUAAAUAUGAAUAAAAAA